AAACAAUUAUUGAAUUUCACAUUGAAUUCUGGGAUAAGAAUAGUUUUGUAAAUACUAAAUGGUGUGAUCAGUAUGUGGUGUCUAAGCCGUGAAAGGAGUGUUAAAUUCAAGUUAAUCAAAACGGUUGUCAUUAUUCUGUUCAUUCUAUCGGGAACUCAAUUCUUCAAUAUAUCCCUCACUUUCACGAGAGGUGUCUGGAGGGCAGUGCUCGGCGAAGACAGGGUACCCGAGCCGGUGCCCAAAAAGAAGUCAUUCUUCGGCAUCGAUGUCAUCAACUUUGAGCGCACAGUGCUCGGCGAAGACAGGGUACCCGAGCCGGUGCCCAAAAAGAAGUCAUUCUUCGGCAUCGAUGUCAUCAACUUUGAGCGCACAGGUCCGGAUGGGGAGAUCCCUAACUACAUAAUCCGUGGGGCAAUGGCUGGUGUGUUGGCCAUAGCACUGGCCAUCAUAGGGCUGACCGGCAUUUGCAACGAUAGCUUCUGUUUGGUGUCGACCUUCACUAUAAUGAUGACCACAAUAGUAGUAUUGAGCGGAACGUUAGUUAUGAUAUUCGGGUCCCGAUAUGAGGCCAACCUUCCCAUAAUAGUCUGCGCCUCCAUUUCCAUCGUUAUGAUUGUAUUCGCUGUUGUCAUCCGAAGAGCUAAACUAUUGUCCUAUUAAUUGACUCCUAUUUUAUAAUUCAAAUCCAAUAAAAUCAAUAAAAUUACU